GAGAAAAGCAGCAAUGUCUCGUAAUUUUGGGCGAGUUAGUCGAGUUUGAACAUACGCACACAUUCCCGAAAGAAUUAACCAGUGUAACCAUUUUCAAAGAAGCUUCUCUCUAAUUGGUGUCAGUCAUCGGCGGUGGCACAGUGGAGAGAUACUUAUCGCGUCACGAUAUUCGCCGUUUCUUGCUCAACUCAAUCCAAACCCUAAUUCGAGAAAGAAUAAUGUGGCCUGCUCCUGUUACUACAAACCCUAACCCUUCCUUUUUCCUAUUCCUUCCCUCCAACAACAAACCCUCUCUUCUUCAUCCCACUCCCCGCCGCUUCCACCUCUCCCGCUCUUCUCCCGAUUUCAAUGGCUGGGCCCUCCUCGAGCCACCCGUCCGCCACACACCUCCCAACAAAGGUUUAUCGUCUUUCUUUCCAACUCCCAAUCCCGCCGUCGUAGCUCUCGGAACUUCCCUCGCUCUCAUGCUUGCCUGUUUCUCCUUGUCCAGAAAAGGUUUCAAUGUUCAAUUCACAACCCCGUUGCAAGGAAUGUGGACUACAAUUACUAAUCCUCGCCGCUGCCACCAUCCAGACGAAGAAGCUGUGGAGUUUUACGAAUCCAAUGAGACCGCCGUAGAAGCGGCGGUUACGGAAACUGAAGCUACUAAAAAGCCAGGACGAGUUACAAUACCCGUUUCAGUGGAUUCCACCCAAGAAGAAGCAUUGUCAGUCCUAAAGAAGUUGAAGAUAAUUGAAGAUGAUGUGGAAGCUAAUGAAUUGUGUACCAGAAGAGAAUUUGCCCGAUGGCUUGUUAAGUUAAAUUCGUCUCUGGAAAGAAAUCCAAAACGUAGGAUUGCUCCAAUUGUAUCCCUGUCUGGCUCUGUAGUUACUGCAUUUGAUGAUAUCAAUGUUGAUGAUCCAGAUUUUCAAUCAAUUCAAGUCUUAGCAGAAGCCGGUAUGGUCCCCAGCAAAUUAUCUUGGAAGAAUAGUUCUAAUGGUUGUGGAUCUGACUGUAAAGAAGAUAUAAAUUUUUUUCCUGAUAGAUUCAUUUCACGACAAGAUCUAAUGGAAUGGAGAACUCAGGUUGAGUAUGGAUUUUUCUCUGGGAUAAUUGACCAGAUAUCAAUUGAAAAAGCAGGUUAUAUGGAUUUGAAAGAGAUAACUUCUGCAGGAGUUUAUUUGGACAUGUUGGCAGGAGAUAGUGGUAUACUUAGAAAAGUUUUUGGACAGAGUAAGCGCUUUCAGCCAAGCAAACCUUCAACAAAAGCACAAGCAGCUGUGGCUCUGACAAGUGGCAGAAUGAAAGAAGCAAUAUCUACAGAAAUGUCAAGAUUAGAAGCUGAGGGUUCUGCCAGGCAAGAUGUGGCAAAAGAGAUCAGAUCUGAGCUGCUUAGCCGAGGAGACAUACAGAAAUUUUGGGAUGCAAAGCUUAAUGAAGAGAAAAAUCACGGUUCUGAUAUAGAGAGGCUUUACCUCGAGGCAGUCAACAAUUUGGUGGAAGAGAAGUUCAAUCAAGAAAAGAUAAAUGCUGAAAUUUUAAAAGAACAGGCAGCAAUGGAUUGUCAGAAGCAGAUGAUGCUUAGUUUGAAAAAAGAAGUUGAUGAGAUAUCAGAUAAGCUUGCCUCGGAGAGAGUCAUAUAUGUAGAUGAAAAGCAAACUGUACAGAAGUUACUCAGAGAUUUAGAGUUCAAGCAUGAAAAAAUUCUUGACACCAAAUCCACACUGGAAGCCGAGAAAGAAGCUCUUCAGAUGCUUAGAACUUGGGUGGAGGAUGAAGCUAGAAGAAGCCAAGCUCGUGCUGCUGUUCUUUCAGAGGUAGGACGUAGAUGGAAAUGGGAUGACCAAUCUUGAAUGUAGGCUCAUCCUAUAAAUGUAAAUUGUUAUAUUAUUAUUUACCAUACAAGCAUAAAAUCUUUCGGCUAUCAUGCUGUUUGGUAUGGUCUUUCUAUGAGAAAAGCAACAGAUUGAGGCUUCGUUUUUGUAUACAUACAUACUAGUAAUAGAAUCGUGGAAAACACACGGUGAUGUUUGAAUUCGGAUUUUAUGGUAAGGCAAAGUUUAAAAACUUGUAAUAAAAUGUAUAAUUAUAGUGUUGGUAGUUCAA